AUGGCUUCCCGUGGACUCCCCCGUGCCCUCCGUCUGGCCCGUGUUGCCGCCCCUCGCACAGUCAUCUCGGCCGCCCUCCCCCGGCCUGCUCUCGCUAAGGCUGCUACCCGUGUGGCUGCCUCGACCGCCCCCGUCCGUGGUGUCAAGACCAUGACCUUCGCUGAUUCCAAGGAGACCGUCUACGAGCGUGCGGAUUGGCCCCGUGAGAAGCUCCAGGAAUACUUCAAGAAUGACACUCUCGCUCUCAUCGGUUACGGUUCCCAGGGUCACGGCCAGGGUCUCAACCUCCGUGACCAGGGCCUCAAUGUUAUUGUUGGUGUCCGCAAGGAUGGUGCCUCAUGGAAGGAGGCCAUCCAGGAUGGCUGGGUUCCCGGCAAGAACCUGUUCGACCUCACCGAGGCCGUGCAGAAGGGUACCAUUGUCAUGAACCUGCUUUCCGACGCUGCCCAGAGCGAGACCUGGCCCACUCUCAAGCCCCUGAUCACCAAGGGCAAGACCCUCUACUUCUCCCACGGUUUCUCCCCCGUCUUCAAGGAGCUCACCAAGGUCGACGUCCCCAAGGAUGUUGAUGUCAUCCUCGUCGCCCCCAAGGGUUCCGGCCGUACCGUCCGCACCCUCUUCCGUGAGGGCCGUGGUAUCAACUCUUCCAUUGCCGUCUACCAGGACGUCACCGGCAAUGCCAAGGAGAAGGCCAUUGCCAUGGGUGUUGCCGUCGGUUCCGGUUACCUCUACGAGACCACCUUCGAGAAGGAGGUCUACUCCGAUCUGUACGGUGAGCGUGGUUGCCUGAUGGGCGGUAUCCACGGUAUGUUCCUCGCUCAGUACGAGGUUCUGCGUGAGCGCGGCCACAGCCCCUCUGAGGCCUUCAACGAGACCGUUGAGGAGGCCACUCAGUCUCUCUACCCUUUGAUCGGUGCCAACGGCAUGGACUGGAUGUACGCCGCUUGCUCCACCACUGCCCGUCGUGGUGCCAUCGACUGGUCCAGCCGCUUCAAGGACACCCUGAAGCCUAUCUUCAAUGAACUGUACGACAGUGUGCGUGACGGCACUGAGACCAAGCGCUCGCUCGAAUACAACUCUCAGAAGGACUACCGCGAGAAGUACGAGAAGGAGAUGCAGGACAUCCGUGAUCUCGAGAUCUGGCGCGCUGGAAAGGCCGUUCGUUCCCUCCGCCCUGAGAACCAGAAGUAA